GGUCCUCCUAAGUCCUAAUUCAUAAUGUUGACAUAUAACUUAAAAGCAACCAUAUUUAGUAAAUGAAAACCAAUUUUCUUAUGUACGUGUUUGUGCUAUCUAUCUCUGAACCUAGACCACAAAUGACAAAAAGAAAAUGAGGUUAAUUGCUAAGGACCUUUACCACGUAAAGCAAACAGAAAAUAUUCCAAAAUGAGAAAUUUUACUACAUCUGAUAUUUUUUUAUCAGGAUGGAUCUUGGAAAAUAUGGCUACAUGAUCAUGCUCAUUCUCAAUUUAUUUGGAAUUAUCAUAUCAAUUCCCAUUAUCGUUAUCCCCCUCGUAACAGUUGAUAAAUUUUGUCGUGAAACUUCAAUGACAAUGUUUUUAAUUGCUGGAAUCAUGAUAUUUACAUGGUCAUUAGCAGGUCUCAUAAGUUCAUUAUGUUGUUGGAAAAUUGGUUUCCAGGAAUUUAUUUAUAUGAGAUCACAGGUUUUUAUCCUAUUUAUAGUAGUUAUUUUGGGAACAAUGGCGUGGUGGCAAUCUAGAACAGAUUCUCGUUUGUACACAUAUUAUGACUGGGAAACUUUUAAGAAUUGUAUGGUGAAGAAACAAAUUUGUCAAAGAAAUUUGGGAAAUGGAUUGGAGAAAUUGUCUCCAUUUGCUUCACAUUCCCUUCAGGAUGCUUGUUGCAAGUACCCGAAGAUAUGUGAUGCAAGAAACCCACAUGACCCUUUAACUUGGAUGGAAAUAUACGAUGGUCUCCCAGCCACUGACAAUAAUCAACAAGGUGAAAAACAAAACAAGUCUAAUAAUGAAACUGAUGGAGAUUGUGGUAAAUGGAGUAGUGAUUCCAAUAAGCUUUGUUUCGAUUGCAAUGUGUGUAAAAAAGGUUACUUGGACAAGCAAGAUCAGAAUUGGGUUACUGCAUUAUCGAUUUGUGUUGUUAACAGUGUUGUCCUCCUUUCAUUUUCUUGUUACUUUUAUAGUAAGAAUUUUGGGGAGCCUAAUAGGGAAAAUACUAAAAGCAGCAAAGUCCAUCCUGCUGAUGUAUAGGAUAUGUAACAAAGUAGAGAUAUUGGUCCUAUGUAUCAUAUUUAUAUACGUAUGUGUCCUCGGAGAAUAGCUUGGUGACAAGUUUACUAGUUU